AUGUCGAAAAUCUACGAAAGUUUGUAUUUAGGCAAUUAUGAGGUCUCUUAAAAUCCAGUUUUUUUUGAAAAAAAUUAGAUUUAAAACAUAUUAAUUGUAGCUUCAGAUUUAAAAAUAAGCUUUAAGAAGAAAAAUUAUUUUUAAAUUAAUGUUAUUGAUAAUGAGGAUGAAUUAAUUAUCAAGCAUUGGCCUUCUUGUGUCUAAUUUAUAUAAGAAUCACAAGGAAAUACUCUUGUUCACUGCCUUGCUGGUAUGAGUCGCUCUGCCAGCACUGUUAUGGCAUAUGCUAUGUUUAAGGAGAAUCUUACAAGUGAAAAAAGUAUGAAAAAAAUAAGUAAGCUUCAUAUUGAUUCAAAUCCUAACACAGGUUUUCUUAAAUAGUUAGAAUUUUGGGAUGAAAUAUUAUUUGCAUAUAGACAGCAAGUAGCAUUUGGUUAGAAAGAGAAUUUUGGCCUAUUGUAAAUGAUCACAAAUAAAUUCUUGGAUAACCUAUAAAACUAACCAAAAAAUCUUUGA